UUCAUCCAUCCUCUCUAUAAAUACAAACACCACAUUACCACCGCCCACCAAUUCUGUUUCUCCAUUACGACAACUUCCAAACUCACAAAGAGAGAUUAACCUUUUGUGAUUCUAGACGAAGAGAUUAAUUAAUUUCUGGUCGAUCUAUGCAAACGAAGCAAAAAUCGUCGGUAAAAUUAGGACGAUUGUUUGUUGAAUUGAUAUUUGAUUCGUGUUAUGAUUAUGAGCUGGCUUGAUAAGCUACGGUGUUCUUCUAAUCUAAGCCGCUUUAUUGCUGGCCUUCUAAUCUUCAUGCUUUAUCAUAAUCAUUCCUUCCAAUUAAUUUCUAAUUUCUUAAUUCCUAUACACCCUUAAAUUUCCUUGCCAAGAUACAUACCACUCUUUCUUCUUCUUCUUCUUCUUCUCUGUUUGUUUGCAUCUUUGCUGUCCGAAAAAACAUUCUAAGAACGUCGACGUUUUUGUUCACGGAUUUCAUGGAAAUCAAAGAUGAUGAUUCUGGCUCUAGUAAUUUAUUUGAUGGCAUUUUACCACCCCGCUUAGGUAGGCCGCACAGGUCAUCUCCAUCUGUAAUUGUGAUUGGUGGAGGUAUUUCAGGGAUAGCUGCUGCACGUUUCCUUCACAAUGCAUCAUUUAAGGUGCUCUUGUUGGAGUCACGGGAUAGACUUGGUGGUCGCAUACAUACUGACUAUUCAUUUGGUUGCCCAGUUGAUAUGGGAGCAUCAUGGCUCCAUGGGGUUUGUGAUGAGAAUCCUUUGGCUCCAUUGAUACGUCGGUUAGGGCUCACUCUAUAUCGCACCAGCGGUGACAACUCAGUGCUGUAUGACCAUGACUUAGAAAGUUACAUGCUGUUUGACAUGGAUGGUCGUCAAGUUCCUCAAAAUACAGUUGUUCAAGUUGGAGAUGUAUUCAAGAAAAUCCUCAGUGAGACUGAGAAAGUGAGAAAUGAGCAUAGUCAUGACUUGUCAGUUCUUCAAGCAAUAUCUAUUGUACUGGACAGGCAUCCAGAGUUGAGGCAAGAAGGACUUUUCCAUGAGGUGUUGCAAUGGUACAUAUGCAGAAUGGAGGCAUGGUUUGCUGCAGACGCAGACACGAUCUCUCUGAAAACCUGGGAUCAGGAACAAGUUCUCACUGGUGGUCAUGGACUUAUGGUGCAAGGUUACCACCCUGUCAUAAAGGCAUUAUCAAAAGACAUUGAUAUCCGUUUAAAUCACAGGGUCAAGAGGAUUACAAAUGGGUACAACAAAGUGAUGAUUACGGUCGAGGAUGGGAGAAACUUUAUUGCGGAUGCUGCUAUUAUAACUGUGCCUUUAGGUGUUCUAAAAGCCAACUUGAUCAAGUUUGAACCAAAAUUGCCGGAAUGGAAGCAAUCUGCAAUAGCAGAUCUUGGUGUAGGCAAUGAAAACAAGAUUGCAUUACAAUUUGAUAGUGUAUUUUGGCCAAAUGUGGAAUUAUUAGGUGUUGUUGCACCUACUUCAUAUGCUUGUGGUUAUUUUCUUAACCUCCACAAGGCAACAGGACACCCGGUCCUUGUCUAUAUGGCUGCUGGAAGACUUGCUUGUGACCUCGAGAAAUUAUCAGAUGAAUCUGCUGCUGAGUUUGCAAUGCUGCAGUUGAAGAAAAUGUUCCCUGAUGCUACUAAGCCUGUUCAGUAUCUUGUAUCUCGCUGGGGUACGGAUCCAGACACUCUUGGAUGUUAUUCGUAUGACUUGGUUGGAAAGCCAACUGAUGCUUACGAUAGGCUUCGGGCACCAAUAGGUAAUUUAUUCUUUGGAGGGGAAGCUGUGAGCAGUGAUGAUCAUCAGGGGUCGGUUCAUGGUGCGUAUGAAUCUGGAAUUAUGGCUGGCGAGAAUUGCCGCCGGCAUCUCAUUAAAAGGCAUGGAAGUUUGGAAAUGGUUCAGGCUGUUUCCCAUAGGGAGGAAAUCCUUGAAGCUGCAGUUCCUCUCCAGAUUUCAAGAAUGUAAUAUGCCUUUGAAAAUUUGCAAGUUUCAUUUCAAAACUUUUGCUCAAGUAGUGAGUUCCAGUAUUGUACUGUGACGAGAACAAAUUAUUGGCGAAUAGGAUUUGCAAGUUUCAUUUCCAGUAACUUGAGUAGUGUGUUCCAUUUUGUACUUACGUCUCACAUGCAACUGAAAUGCCAAACUAUAUAUCAAGCUUUCUAUUUGACAA